UAUACAUAAGACAAAAAACCGAAACUAAAUCGAUCGAAAUGGAGAAUUCCCCUCUCUUUUUUCCUUUUUGUUGCCGCUGUUGAUUGCGAGGAGGAGGAAGAAGGGAUCGUAACACAGACCAGUUGUUUGUUCUUUGUUGUCUCCUUUCGCUCCCUGCUGCCGAGAAUCGAGAGGAAGGCGGAGGCGGAUCGGUCACCGGUGUGAUGGCGCCGAAGGUCGGGCCGCUGCUGCCGGUGUCCGAUCGCAGGGGCGGCGAUGAUGGCGCCCUCCUCUUCAAGGGCUCCGCCAUGACCAUGCGAGGCGCCUUCGCCGCCCUAUCCUACAUGACCUGCGCCGAAUCAUCAGUGAUAUCAUGCAAAUCAUCAUGGCAAAAGCUGGCUACAAUGGAGUCUGUACGUCGAGUGAAUGUUCCAAUGUAUACCACCCUUAGGCGUACAACUGUUGUGUUUACAAUGAUUGUGGAGUAUCUACUAACAAGGCAAAAGUACACCCGCCAUGUUGUCGGCAGGUUGUGAUGCUACUUUCCUGUAUAUUGGCAUUUUUUUGAACACAAACUUGAAUUCUGCACUCACACAGACAAUGUGCGGCAAACUGAAGGAUCUAUUUACCAUCGGACUUGGCUAGCUGUUGUUUGGUGGGCUUCCUUUUGAUGUGCUGAGUGUCACCGGCCAAAUUCUUGGUUUUGUGGGCUCUGGUUUCUACGCAUACUGUAAAAUCAAGGGAAAGUAUAAUUUCAUACAGCUGGGCCAGAUAUAUGACAGGAUAAGCCACCGAUGAGGUCCUGGAUUUCACUCAUAUCUCACUUGUGAGAUGGAAUUAGCACUUGGUGGUGCCAGCUCUCCUCCAGGUAUGAAUUUUUUGUGGAUGUUACAUACGCCUCUUGAUGAUCCAUAUGCAUGCAUGUGAAACAGAACCUUCGCUUAGCUGUUGAGGUUAUCAAUUGCAUGUGAUUGCAUUAUUAUUUUUUUUCCGCUGACCUAGUAGUAUGAUUAUAUUUCAGGCUUUGAUUAGAAAUGAAACUAGUUCUUAUUUUCCCUCUUUGAAACGAAGCAUGGUUCAUUGAACUGGUUGAUUCAAAUGUUGACCAAUGGGCUCCACAUGGCUGACACAUCGGAGCCACUUGGUCGAUACGUGGACUCCAAGUGGAGGACACAUAAGCUCCACGUGGUCAACCUAUGGGCUCCACUUGGUCGACACAUCUAAGCCACCUGUUCAACACGUUGACUCCUGGUGGAUGACACAUCAUCUCCACAUGGUCGAUAAGUUAGAGUCACUUGGUUGACAUGACGGAGCCAUCUAGUUGAUCAUUCAUCGUCACCUUAGUGUCACAUCCUAGAGAGUAAAGCCAUAAGGUUGCACUCGAUGAAUGCCACGUGGAGAACAAUUAUGUAAUCUUAGGUUCGACAUCGGUUUACUGGUGAAUAUGGUCGAACUUCACACCCUCAUUACCGUAUGAACUGGGUGAUGAGCGAACGUAAUGGUCCCAAGCACCUAUUAUAAAAAGGGAUGUAUAGAUACGUUUCAACACAAUGAACACCCAAAGUUCGACUUGUUUGAUUUAUUUGACUUGUUGAUUACUUAAGUCUUGGAAGGGUAUUGUCAGGAGUGCCCCCAACAUAAUCUUGCAGGGAUCGGAUGAUACUCAAAGGAGUUUGCCUUGAAAUUGACUAGAAAAAAGGAAUUAGGUUGGAUCUGAGCUAGGACAACCAAAAAUUGAACUAACGGGAAGCAACUGCAAAAUGACUCUUCGGCCUUAUAAGGAGAACCUUAACAUUAAAAUCAUAUGGAUCUCUCAAGAGAAUGCGUAUUUCGUUGGUGUAGAGAUUUUCUUCGUUCAUUGUACUCGAAAUCUUAUGGAAGGCCAAAGAAUAUGUAUUUGGUUGUUGUAGAUUCUGGCAUUUAUCAUUCAAGCUAAUCCUUUUCUUUCUCGAGUUGGUAUUUUAGAGUCUGUUCUUGAAGACGUACAAGCCACCAUUUUCAACCAUGUUUCACAAUCUCUCACCUAACGCUUCUGUUCUGCAAGUCACAGUCUCUCACCUAAUGAAACCGACACGACCUGUUGCUUCCGUCGUUUGUCAAAAAGGCCUUCUCUCCAUCCUUCUCCAUCAGUCACCGGAACAUACUUCCACCUGUUGCUUCCAACAACAUUUGACCUUCUUUAUCUCAAGGAGAUAUUUUAAUGGUUAAAACUUGAUACGUAGAGAAUCUGUGGUUCAUAAACACAAGGAGAUAUGCUUAUGUAAUGUUUGAGUCAUAGUAAUCAGAACAUAUUUGACCUUCACUAUGGUUCUUCUUUUGUCUUUGCUUAUAGAAGUGGCACAUCUUUUUGCCUCGGAAACUUCUACUUAGGAUCCUCUCGUAACAAAAGCAAACGCUCGAUCUGUGUAGAGUCCCGCUGAAAGGUUUCCUUGGUUGAGUCCGGAUAAAUAGCAAGCCUCCUAUUUACUUCACCACUUUUUGUCGUCACUGACGUACGAGGAGAGUGAGGGAGAGUUUGUGAAUCCCCAGAAACCAAACAGAUUUAGUUCUAUUUUUUUUAAUAUUAAAUUUAUAGUAUGCACAUCAACACGUUCUUGUCGUGAUACAUAAAAUUAUACGGAUAGCUUAGAUGGUCAAGGGUGUAUUCAGGUCUUUUUCUAAGUGGUUGUGGGUUAAGAUCCUCUCGUGACCAUCUGUUUCGGCGAUAGAUGACUGUCCCCAUUCAUCAUAUGUGCAUGAUGCAAUAUAUAUAUCAGCUCUUCUUUCUCUCUAUUCUUUUCCUAGUUAAUUUUUCUUCUGAACCAAACCCAUGAUACACCGAAGGGAAAAGUAAAUAUCAAUGAGCGAUAGAUGCUCCAUGUGGGAGAGAAAGCGUCAGCUGGUCUAAUGAUUGGUUGGGCAAUCCAAGCAUCAAUUGGGCCGCCUAGUUUGACUUUGACUUUGUCUUACCUUCUCCUGCAUAACCUUUCUGUAUCAUACAUACAUAACUUCAGCACUCCCAAGUAUUUUUCCAUACAAACUCUUAGUUUUGUUAUCACAGUUCCUAAUAAUCGAUUCAUGCACUACUAAUGUGCGCGCUGGGAAUCAUUCUUCUUCACCUUCAUCAAUCAAGUUUAUAAUAUAUACCCAAAA